AUGACCACGCUCUUCCGGCGAUCGAGCAGCCUCGCCAGAUUAGCGACGACGCAUAUCGACACGAAUGUCUGCCCACUGUCCCGCUCUCUCCGCAGAUCCAUCGCACGAACAGCGUACCACCCGGCGUCGACGAUACGCACAUACUCCACUGUCAAGCCUGGGGAUCCGAAAGACGGCAAAAAUCUGAACGCCAAUACAGGUGGAAAGCAGGUGACGAGAGAUGGGAGCAGGCCAGGAAAGCCCGCACGGGGCUUCGAGAGCCUCUACAGCGAUGCAGGUCCUUUGUCUCAUCGAGGCGCCUCAGAUGCCAAACAACAGACAGACUCUCCUCAAAUGUCUAUGCUCACCAAGGAGGAACAAGAGGCGUUGGACAGCCUGCUGAGUACAAUCAGGAAGGGGCUGCCUGCUUCAGACGCGAACGCGGUUGAAAAGUCUUUUGAGGAGUUCAAACGCAAAGGCAUACCCUCUGAGGUUCGAGAGGUCAUGGAAAAUCUGAAAAAUCGGCCUCUGGACAUUGCAAGUGCUGCGAAGCUAGUUUCUUGGACUGGAAGAUUGGCACGUGAACAAGCUUCAAAACGCAUUGCAGAGGAGAGUAAAGGCUUCGUCGGCCCAAAGUCAGGAGAGGAAAAGCAGGGAAAGAAGGAAAAGUCCAAGGGAGAUGAUAAGAAGAAGCCUGGGGAGAUGAAUUUCAAAGAAUUCACAGCGAAACUGGACACAGGAACAUUCUUGGCCACUGCUUUCGUAGCCUACCUGCUAUACCGUACCGUCAUGCCAAGCGAGAACUCGAAGGAUAUAACGUUCCAAGAAUUCAAGACCACAUUCUUCGACAAGGGCCUGGUGGACAAGCUUACAGUGAUCAAUCGCCACAGAGUCCGCGUUGACCUCCACCGGGAGGCUACUGGUAGAAUGUACCCCGAAAGCCCAGCACAGCACGGCAAUUUCCGUUAUUACUUCAGCAUUGGAUCUGUGGAGGCAUUCGAGAGACAAUUGGAGGAUGUGCAGAACUCGCUAGGCAUCCCCAGCUCGGAGCGCAUACCAGUAUCCUAUGUGAAUGAGACAGGUUGGAUCAACGUCUUGAUGCCUCUUGCCCCAACGAUCUUGUUUGUCCUCUCAAUCUACUGGUUUUCGAGGCGUGCUGGUGGGGGCGGGGCUAGUGGUUCAAGUGGGAUAUUUGGGAUCGGUAAAAGCAAAGCUAAGAAGUUCAACCAUGAAACGGAGGUCCAGGUCCGCUUCAAGGACGUAGCUGGUAUGGACGAGGCCAAACAAGAGAUCAUGGAAUUUGUCAGCUUCUUGAAAACGCCGGACCAAUACCAAAGGUUAGGAGCUAAGAUCCCUCGAGGUGCGCUUCUGUCUGGUCCGCCAGGUACCGGUAAGACACUAUUGGCGAAGGCUACGGCGGGAGAAUCACAAGUACCUUUCUUCAGCAUAAGCGGUUCCGAAUUCGUGGAGAUCUUCGUUGGUGUUGGAGCCUCGCGUGUCAGGGAUCUCUUCCAGAACGCUCGCAAAAACGCGCCUUGCAUUAUCUUCAUUGACGAGAUUGACGCCGUGGGUAAAGCGAGAGGCAAGGGUGGAUUUUCAGGAGGCAACGACGAAAGAGAGGGGACAUUGAACCAAAUUCUGACGGAAAUGGACGGCUUCAACACUACCGAACAGGUCGUCGUGCUGGCAGGUACCAACAGACCAGACGUUUUGGACCAGGCUCUUCUACGUCCUGGUCGCUUUGACAGACAUAUCGCCAUCGACCGCCCAACUACGGAAGGUCGAAAGCAAGUAUUCCUGGUGCAUCUUGGAAAGAUAGUGACGAGCGAGGACAUGGAUCACUUGACUGGCAGGCUAGCAGCACUCACUCCAGGCUUUUCUGGCGCCGACAUUGCCAAUUGCGUCAACGAAGCCGCUCUCAUCGCUGCCCGCACAAGCGCCGACAAGGUAACAAUGACCCACUUCGAGCAAGCCAUCGAGCGCGUCAUUGGUGGUCUUGAAAAGAAAUCCCUAGUUCUGAAUCCUGAGGAGAAACGCACAGUCGCCUACCACGAGGCCGGCCACGCUAUCUGCGGCUGGUUCUUCAAAUACGCCGAUCCUCUCCUCAAAGUCUCCAUCAUUCCCCGCGGCCGAGGUACUCUCGGCUACGCGCAGUAUCUCCCCCAGGGAGACGCCUACUUGAUGAAUGUCAACCAGCUCAUGGACCGUAUGGCUAUGACACUCGCUGGCCGUGUCAGUGAAGAGUUGCAUUUCGACACCGUAACCUCGGGAGCAAGUGACGAUUUUAACAAAGUCACACGAAUGGCAACGGCUAUGGUGACGAAAUGGGGUAUGUCCUCUAAGAUUGGCUACCUCUUCUACGAGGACGAUCAGCAGCAGCAGUUGCAUAAGCCUUUCUCCGAAGCCACUGCCCAAAACAUCGACAGCGAAGUCCGGCGUAUUAUCGACGAUGCGUACAAGCAGUGCCGAGAUCUGCUCACCGAGAAAAAGAAGGAAAUUGGUCUGGUUGCAGAGGAGUUGCUUAGCAAGGAGGUGAUUGGGCGGGAUGAUCUGGUAAGAAUACUGGGGAAGAGACCGUUUGAUGAGAACAAGGAGUUCUCCAAAUACUUUGAUGGGACUGGAGGCAAGAGCGCGCCGCCGCCGCCACCGCAAGAGCUGAUUGAUCCUCCGCCUGUGGGGGGCGGGCCGAAUGUACCUACCCCCGGGGUGGCCAUUCAGAGGAUAUGGGACAGGAGGGGAGAUUUGUCUUCUUGA